AAAAGAAAAAUUUUGUCGAACGAGUUUUAUUCCAAUGUAACCAAAGACUGUGAUAAAUUUACUUCACAAAUGGGAUAUAUAACAGACAGCAGUUCACAAGAGGAAAAAGAUUUCCCAAUAGCGUUCGGAAUUUUGGUUUUUAAGGAUUUGGAUCAAGUUGAGCGACUACUUAGAGCCAUUUACAGACCUCAUAAUGUACAUUGUAUUCAUAUAGACUCUAAAUCGUCCAUAGAAUUUUACAUGGCUUUAAAAUCCAUCGUGUCUUGUCUCCCUAAUGUGUGGAUCGCCUCCAAACACGUGGACGUCCGCUGGGGAACGUUUACAGUUUUAGAGCCAGAAAUCGUGUGCCUAAGAGAACUAUACGCCCAUAAAACAAAAUGGCGUUAUUACAUCAACUUAACAGGACAAGAAUUUCCGUUAAAAACUAAUUAUGAAUUAGUCAAGAUACUGAAAUCCUAUCAGGGAGCUAACAAUAUACUUGGCCAAACACAAUUAUACGCCCAUAAAACAAAAUGGCGUUAUUAUAUCAACUUGACGGGACAAGAAUUUCCAUUAAAUUCGAACCGAGUAGAUCCUAAAAACCCUCCACCACAUAACAUCAAGGUGUGUAAAGGAUCUGUCCACAUGACAGCAUCACGAGCAUUCAUACAUUAUGUUUUAUUUAACCAAACAGCCCAAGAUUUUCUAAAAUGGAGUAAAAAUAUGUCGGUUCCAGAUGAAAGUUUUUUCACGUCUUUGAACAAUAAUCCACAUUUAAAAGUUCCUGGUUCUUAUAUAGACAAUAAAAGACAAGAGCUAAGCCGAUACAAGAUUUGGUACAACACGAAGCGAUGUCGAAGUGGUCAUCUCUAUCGUUCUAUCUGUAUUUUUGGAAUGGCAGAUUUACCAAUACUUACUACAAAACCUCAGUUAUUUGCUAAUAAAUUCCAUUACGAGUUUGAGCCCUUGGCGUAUGACUGUUUAGAAUUGUGGUACCGCAGGAAAAUAAACAAAGAAUUAAAA